AUGCCCGGCCUGGUCGACAUGCAAGGAGCUCCGCCGCCCUCAGGGCUUGGCUACUCAGUCAGCCAUCAGAAGGUCGAGCUUGAUAUCGACUUUACGAGCCGGAGUAUCAAGGGGAAAACAGAAAUCACCAUACACCCGGAUUAUAAGGACCUGAAGCUUGUCCGGUUGAAUUUCCGGCAGGGGCAGUUGAAGCGCAUUACAGUGGGCGGAAGGACAGCUACCUCGAAGUACGUCGACCCGUACGAGGCACUCCCGCUAUAUGGUGUCCAAUACCACCGUAAGCUCUCCACGAAGCUUGAUGCUCUGUCGAAAACGCCCCCCGAGCCAGAGCUGGUGAUCACACUUCCGAAAUCUGUGCGCAUAGAGGAGCUAGACCCCUUUUCCAUUGAAGCGCAGACACAGCUUUCAUUACGGGCUACUUCGAACGGUGCGAACGGUACUGGUGGCGUGGAUGAUCCAGUGGAUAGCAGCCGUGCCGCCGAAGCUUCUCUUCCAAGGUUUACGGCAAUAACGAUACUCAUCGAAUUCACAAUUGAGAAGCCAAAGGAUGGAAUACAGUUUGUUGGCCUCGACAGCCGUGAUUUGCGAUAUCCCCAUGCGUUUACCACCAAUUCAUCGGAUACCGGAGAGUUCUGUUGCUUGUUUCCAUGUGUGGAUGAUAUGUCUUCCCGAUGCACAUGGGAUAUCUCGAUUAGAUGCCCACGGACUCUUGGCGAUGUAUUCUCCAAAUCAUCUGAUAGUGGCCUCGCUAAUGGAACUAGCAACCGAACAAAUAGCCCAAGGAAGACUGGACUUUCUGCUGAAGAUGCGGCGUUGGAUAUAGUGGUUGCAUGUUCCGGAGAUUUGACAGAUGAUAUACUCGACCCCAAGGACCAAACUAAAAAGACCGUAUCAUUUUCCUGUAACACGCCACUAUCAGCUCCGCAGAUUGGAUUUGCACUUGGACCUUUUGAAUAUGUCAACCUGUCCCAAUUCCGUGAAAGUGAUGAAGACGAUCAACUUGGCACCAAUGCCGUUCCUGUGCAUGCCUUCUGCCUCCCUGGAAGGGCAGAUGAAGUGAGAAACACAUGUUUGCCGAUGGCCAAAGCCGUUGACUUUAUUUCCUUGACUUACGGUUCAUACCCUUUUGCCAGUUUCAAACUAUGCUUUGUUGACGACCUCCGGGCGGACACAUUACCCGCAGCUGGCUUCACCUUAUGCAGUGAUCGAAUACUCUUCCCAGAGAACAUCAUUGACAUGAUGUAUGAUUCAACAAGAUACAUAGUCCAUUCAUUAGCAUAUCAAUGGGUUGGAAUAAACAUCAUCCCAAAAGAUCCCACAGACACAUGGGUGAUUACAGGUAUCUCCUACUACAUAACGGACACUUUUAUGAAAAAGAUCGGGGGAAACAAUGAAUACCGGUACCGGCAGAAACUGCUAGCAGAUCGAGUAUGUGACCUGGAUGUUUUGCGCCCGUCUCUCUGGGAUAUGGGAGCUAUCCUCAAAAUUGAUCCUUCAGAGAUGGAGUUUAUCUCUUUAAAAGCACCGCUUGUCCUGUACAUUCUUGAACGCCGAUUGUCCAAGGCGAGCGGCAAAGCUACAGUCUCUCGCAUCAUUUCUCGCAUCUUCUUGAAUGCACGAAUGGGUGACCUCCCAAACUGCGAACUCACCUCGGCGCAUUUCCAAAAACUCUGUGAGCGCAUGGGUCAUACUAAGUUAGAUGCCUUUUUCAACCAGUGGGUUUACGGUGCAGGCUGCCCGCGAUUCACCGCCAGCCAAAGGUUUAACAAGAAGAAGCUUGUAGUUGAGAUGAUGAUUUCUCAGGUCCAGGUUGAACAGACAACCGCGCGUGACCUCGAACGAUCCACUUUCAUGAGAGAUGUCAAGGAAGAGAUACGCAAUGUCUACGCUGGUACCGUACAGAAUGUGUUUACCGGUUCAAUGACUAUUCAAAUUCACGAAGCAGACGGAACGCCUUAUGAGCAUAUAGUUGAAAUCAAGGAAGCCAUCACGAAGUUCGAUAUACCUUACAAUACCAAAUAUAAACGUCUGAAGCGGAAUAGACGACAAAAAGAACGGGCCGCGGCAAUGUCCGGUAUCGACCCCAGCAGUGAAACUCAAGAUGAUGUCCUGCUUUAUUGCCUGGGAGACGUCCUUCAAUCAGAUGAAGACAUGGAGAAGUGGAAAAUUGUCGAGUGGACAAAAGAAGACGAGAGCCGCAUGGGACAGGAAUCUUACGAAUGGAUAAGGAUGGAUGCUGACUUUGAAUGGAUAUGUAAAAUGUCCCUGGGUAUGCCGGGCUAUAUGUAUUUGUCCCAGCUGCAACAAGAUCGCGAUGUUGUUGCACAGCUUGAGUCUAUACAACAUAUGGCCGCACAACGAGAACACGCCCUGAUAUCAAGUAUCUUUGUCCGGACAAUUCUAGAUCGUCGAUAUUUCCAUGGAAUUCGGACAGCUGCUACUAAGGCACUAGUCAAACAUGCUAAACAGGAAGUCGACUGGAUCGGCCUCUUUCACCUGGAAAAUGCUUUUAAGGAAUUAUACUGUCUCCCAAAUUCGUCUAUGGCACGAUCAAAUGAUUUCUCAGACCGGUCAUCAUACGCAGUGCAACUAGCGCUUAUCGAAGCAAUUUCAGAAGUACGAGAUGAGGAUGGUAGGACUCCAAUGAGAGUAAAACAAUUCCUCUAUGAAAAACUAAAAUUUAACGAUAACUCUAACAACGAGUUUUCCGAUUGCUUCUACAUCUCUACUUUGCUCAAAUCCAUCUGCAAUGCUUUACUCGGCAGAAAAGAAAACAUUUCCAAUGAUGGUGAUUUCGAUAUUAACAAAGAAAUCGAACGCCAAGCAGAGGAACAGCUCGAUAAGGACUGCAUUGCUGAGAUUGAUAGAUAUCGACGAAUUGAUGAAUGGGCUGGUUCAUUCAGAAAUAUCUUCUCAAGGACGUCUCUCGAAUGCCAGAAACGGCUUAUGAAAGCUAGAAUGCUUGAAGUCGACCUUGUCCAGUUCGUUCAAUACACGCGUGCCGGGAUUUUGGAAGAAUUGAGACUCAAGGCGUUUGAAAUUCUGCUGGAGUUUAAGCUGUUUGAGCAUCCAGAGCUCAUAACCUGGUACAUAUACAACAUGUCUGCGGACUCUUCACCCUGGAUUCGACGGAACCUUUACCGUAUGUUCGGAGAAGCACUCGCAACCAUCGCAUUUGGCACAGAAUCUGAGGCUUCUGGCACUUUCGCAGGUAGCUCGCUUGUCAUUGAACAAGAAUCCUCAACCGAAGCUCGACAGGUCCAGCUUGCUAGAAGGCAAACAGUUCCUGGAGCUUUAGAUGCAUUGAAACAAGAGCUUGGCUCAAAUAAAACUUUAAAGGAGGCAUUAUGGGCAGCAGCUAAGGAACAGUCGUCUGCUGUCGGUGCCUUGUACCACCCCGUUGAACAAGCAAUGGUCCGCCUGAAGUAUCCUCGGUACUGGAAAACGCAGCAUCUAGGAAAUGGCAAAAUGAAAUUCUCAAAAUCCAACCGCUUCCGCACCCGUCCUAUAGGCAGCGCCACUACCGCACCCCCAACUACAUCAAAAGCCACUACCGCACCUGUACCCGCUCCUACUGUCAAGAGGAAGCGUGAACAAGAUACCAAUGGCGCCGCUCCACCUCUCAGUCAUAGGCUUACACUCAAGGUUCCUAAACUAGGCACCUUAUGCUCUCCAUCACCACAACCACCUACCCCGGCUUCUGCCAUCAAGCCGAAGAUCAAGUUGAAGCUCAAAACUAAGAGCUCAAGCUUUUCUCCCGGUCAAUAA